CUGGGAACUGAGGCCGCGGGCUCGCGCUCCCGGCUGUGUCCUGCCUCCGGGCUGCCAUCCUUGCCCUGCCAUGUCUCGCCGGAAGCCUGCGUCGGGCGGCCUCGCUGCCUCCAGCCCAGCCCCUGCGAGGCAAGCGGUUUUGAGCCGAUUUUUCCAGUCUACGGGAAGCCUGAAAUCCACCUCUUCCUCCGCGGGUGCAGCCGACCAGGUGGACCCAGACGCCGCAGCGCCCCCAGCGUCCACUUUCCCGCCCCAGCUGCCGCCGCACGUGACUACAGAAAUUGACAGAAGUAGGAAGAGACCAUUGGAAAAUGAUGGGCCUGUUAAAAAGAAAGUAAAGAAAGUCCAAGAAAAAGGAGGAGGAAGUGACCUGGGAAUAUCUGGCAACUCUGAGCCAAAGAAAUGUCUGAGGACGAGGAAUGUUUUAAAGUCUCUGGAAAAAUUGAAAGAAUUCUGCUGCGAUUCUGCCCCUCCUCAAAAUAGAGUCCAGACAGAAUCUCUGCAGGAGAGAUUUGCAGUUCUGCCCAAAUGUACUGAUUUUGAUGAUAUCAGUCUUCUACGUGCAAAGAAUGCAGUUUCUUCUAAAGAUUCGAAAUGUCAAAUUAAUCCAAAGGACACAACACUUUGUGAUCUCAGUCAUUUUGGAUCAUCAAAUACAAGUGAUGAAAAUUUACAGAAAACUGAUUCUAAACCAGCUAACAAACGGUCCAAAAGCAUCUAUACGCCGCUAGAAUUACAAUACAUAGAAAUGAAGCAGCAGCACAAAGAUGCAGUUUUGUGUGUGGAAUGUGGAUAUAAGUACAGAUUCUUUGGGGAAGAUGCAGAGAUUGCAGCCCGGGAGCUCAAUAUUUAUUGCCAUUUAGAUCACAACUUUAUGACAGCAAGUAUACCUACUCACAGACUGUUUGUUCAUGUGCGCCGCCUGGUGGCAAAAGGAUAUAAGGUGGGUGUUGUGAAGCAAACUGAAACUGCAGCAUUAAAGGCCAUUGGAGACAACAGAAGUUCACUCUUUUCUCGGAAAUUGACUGCCCUUUAUACAAAAUCUACGCUCAUUGGAGAAGAUGUGAAUCCCCUAAUCAAGCUGGAUGAUGCUGUAAAUGUUGACGAGAUAAUGACCGAUACUUCUACCAGCUAUCUUCUGUGCAUCUCUGAAAAUAACGAAAAUGUUAGGGACAAAAAAAAGGGAAACGUUUUUAUUGGCAUUGUGGGAGUGCAGCCUGCCACAGGCGAGGUUGUGUUUGAUAGCUUCCAGGACUCUGCUUCUCGUUCAGAGCUAGAAACCCGGAUGUCAAGCCUGCAGCCGGUAGAGCUGCUGCUUCCAUCGGCCUUGUCCGAACAAACAGAGAUGCUCAUCCACAGAGCCACAUCUGUUAGUGUGCGAGAUGACAGAAUUCGAGUUGAAAGGAUGGAUAACACUUAUUUUGAAUACAGUCAUGCUUUCCAGGCAGUUACAGAGUUUUAUGCAAAAGAUACAGUUGACUUCAAAGGUUCUAAAAUUAUUUCUGGCAUCAUUAACUUAGAGAAGCCUGUGAUUUGCUCUUUGGCUGCCAUCAUAAAAUACCUUAAAGAAUUCAACUUGGAGAAGAUGCUCUCCAAACCUGAGAAUUUUAAACAGCUGUCAAGUAAAAUGGAUUUUAUGACAAUUAAUGGAACAACAUUAAGGAAUCUGGAAAUCCUACAGAAUCAGACUGAUAUGAAAACCAAAGGAAGUUUGCUCUGGGUUUUAGACCACACUAAAACUUCAUUUGGGAGACGGAAGUUAAAGAAGUGGGUGACCCAGCCACUCCUUAAAUUAAGGGAAAUAAAUGCCCGACUUGAUGCCGUAUCUGAAGUUCUCCAUUCAGAAUCUAGCGUGUUUGGUCAGAUAGAAAAUCAUCUACAUAAAUUGCCUGACAUAGAGAGAGGACUCUGUAGCAUUUAUCACAAAAAAUGUUCUACCCAAGAGUUCUUCUUGAUUGUCAAAACCUUGUAUCACUUAAAGUCAGAAUUUCAAGCAAUAAUACCUGCUGUUAAUUCCCACGUUCAGUCAGACUUGCUCCGGACCAUUAUUUUAGAAAUUCCUGAACUCCUCAAUCCAGUAGAGCAUUACCUAAAGAUACUCAAUGAACAAGCUGCCAAAGUUGGGGAUAAAACUGAAUUAUUUAAAGACCUUUCUGACUUCCCUUUAAUAAAAAAGAGGAAGGAUGAAAUUCAAGGUGUUAGUGACAAGAUCCGAAUACAUUUGCAAGAAAUAAGAAAAAUACUAAAAAAUCCUUCUGCACAAUAUGUGACAGUAUCAGGACAGGAGUUUUUGAUCGAAAUAAAGAACUCUGCUGUGUCUUGUAUACCAACUGAUUGGGUAAAGGUUGGAAGCACAAAAGCUGUGAGCCGUUUUCACUCUCCUUUUAUUGUAGAAAAUUACAGACAUCUGAAUCAGCUCCGGGAGCAGCUAGUCCUUGACUGCAGUGCUGAAUGGCUUGAUUUUCUAGAGAAAUUCAGUGAACAUUAUCACUCCUUGUGUAAAGCAGUGCAUCACCUAGCAACUAUUGACUGCAUUUUCUCCCUGGCCAAGGUCGCUAAACAAGGAGAUUACUGCAGACCAACUGUACAAGAAGAAAGAAAAAUCUUAAUAAAAAAUGGAAGGCACCCUGUGAUUGAUGUGUUGCUGGGAGAACAAGAUCAAUAUGUUCCCAAUAGUACAGAUUUAUCAGAGGACUCAGAGAGAGUAAUGAUAAUUACUGGACCAAACAUGGGUGGAAAGAGCUCCUACAUAAAACAAGUUGCAUUGAUUACCAUCAUGGCUCAGAUUGGCUCCUAUGUUCCUGCAGAAGAAGCAACAAUUGGGAUUGUGGAUGGCAUUUUCACGAGGAUGGGUGCUGCAGACAAUAUAUAUAAAGGACGGAGUACAUUUAUGGAAGAACUGACUGACACAGCAGAAAUAAUCAGAAAAGCAACAUCACAGUCCUUGGUUAUCUUGGAUGAAUUGGGAAGAGGGACGAGCACCCAUGAUGGAAUUGCUAUUGCCUAUGCUACACUUGAGUAUUUCAUCAGAGAUGUGAAAUCCUUAACCCUGUUUGUCACCCAUUAUCCGCCAGUUUGUGAACUAGAAAAAAAUUACUCACACCAGGUGGGUAAUUACCACAUGGGCUUCUUGGUCAGUGAGGAUGAAAGCAGACUGCCUCCAGGUGAAGAACAAGUCCCUGAUUUUGUCACUUUCCUUUAUCAAAUAACUAGAGGAAUUGCAGAAAGGAGUUAUGGAUUAAAUGUGGCUAAACUAGCAGAUGUUCCUGGAGAAAUUUUGAAGAAAGCAGCUCACAAGUCAAAAGAGCUGGAAGGAUUAAUAAAUACGAAAAGGAAGAGACUAAAGUAUUUUGCAAAGUUAUGGACAAUGCAUAAUGCACAAGACCUGCAGAAGUGGACAGAGGAGUUGGAAAUGGAAGAAACACAGACUUCUCUUCCUCAUUAAAAUGAAGACUACAUUUGUGAACAAAAAAUGGAGAAUUAAAAAUACCAACUGUGCAAAAUAACUCUCCAGUAACAGCCUAUCUUUGUGUGACAUGUGAGCAUAAAAUUAUGACCAUGGUAUAUUCCUACUGGAAACAGA